CUUGGAGUGCAAUUUGAAUACCCCACUAGUGAAAUCACAUGGUACCCAUUUGUACAACUCGCGCUAGCCAAGCGUUAUGAAGUGAAUAGUUUUGCCAGUGUUUUCGUUGGGAUAAUCGAUGCCAGAUAAUUUUAGCUGAUCGGAAAUAAACACUUGUGUGUCACGAAACAUGGAAAAAUUCGAGCUAGUCAAGGUGUCCGAACUCCUGUCGAAAUAUUUCAAAAGCAAUGUGGAAAUACAGGAAAAAAACGUGAAACUCCUUACCUCUCCUGGAGAACAUUACGGUAGUAUAAUACUCAAAGUGGACAUGCUCGUUAAAAUUAAUGGUGUGCUGCGAAAUUUGAACUUGGUCGCAAAACAAAUUCCAGUGAGUGAAUUACUUCAGAAAGCCUUUGAUGUGCUAGUCACCUUCAAGAAGGAAAAUUUCGCAUAUACUGUUACCAUACCGACACUGAUUGAGUUUCAGAAGGAGUUUAAUUUUCUGGAAGAGAAGUUGUUAACGUGUUUCCCUGAAUGUUUUGGAUCGCGGUUCAAUCUUCAUGGCAAUAAUGAUGUGGUAGAUCGAAACGCGGUGCUUUUAUUCGAGAACUUGAAGGAUCAAGGGUACGAAACGAUGGACAGACUAGUUGGUUUUGAUUCGCAAGGUGCUGAUGUGGUGUUACAGGAUCUAGCUCGAUUUCAUGCAGUUCCUAUCGCUUUGAAGCAACUUAGACCUGAUGUUUUCGAGGAGAAAGUCAUGCCAGGUUUGGUUCGCCAUCGAGGACCUGAACAACUUGGUACUGAAGUUAUUGACGUCUUUCACAAUUCAAUAAUGAAAGCAGCUAGACAGUGUGAAGAGCUCACACCUUAUUUGGACAGAAUGCAGAAGGUGGUUGACUAUUGUGCUGUUAACCCAUAUAUUAUAAGACCAGAACCCAGCAAACAUUAUGGAACCAUAGCCCAUUGUGACGUUUGGACGUCAAAUAUAAUGGUUCUGAAAGACGACGAUGGUAAAAUAACCAAAAGCAAAAUAUUAGACUUCCAACUCACUAAUUACAGUUCACCGAUCAGAGAUUUGAUCUUCUUUCUUUUUACGAGCGUCCAAAAUGAUGUUCUUGAGAAAAAUUUGGACCAUUUCAUCAAAUUGUAUUAUGCUUCCUUCAUCGACACUCUAAAAUAUUUUGGAAUCGAUAUGGACCCUUAUUCUUGGGAUAACUUCAACAAGGAGCUGAAUGCAGUUGCACCAGAUGAGGUUUACCAUGUUUUGAUGAUGCUGAAGAUAAUUUGUUCUCAGAGAGGAAAAGUGACAAAUACUCUUGAUCAUUUUGAAUUAACUGAUUGGACACGAGAAGAUCUGAUAGGUGAAGACCAUAGACAAAAAAUGAAGAAUACAGUAUUGGCUUUUGCUUCAAGAAACUGGAUAUGAGUAAUAGGUACAUACCAUCAUUUAAGCAUAUUUGUUUCUUGAAAAUAUUGAGUUUCUCUUCGUUAUUUUUGCUGCUAUUUCAUUCUUAUUGUAAGAAUGGGUAGAAGUUAAGAGAAAAUUUUCAAUCAAAUUGAUUAAAUGUCUAAUAUAUUAACGAUACAAGUAAGAACUAUUUGAAUAUUCAAAUUCAACAACAAUAUUCAGAACAAUAUUCAGAACUUAAUAUAAAGAAUAGGAAAAGAUUCGAAGCAAUAUACUCAGGAAUUUAUAUGUUAAGUUCCAUAUGAACAUUCCACUGAAUUGAAAUUUCGAAUGUUUGAGCUGAAGAUUAUUGAUAAUGUCUGAAAUAAAAAUUUCUCAAAGAGAAAAAAAAACAA